CUAUCCCUACCCUCAGUGUUUCGUGGCAGAACAAGGCCUCAAAAUACCUUCACCAAGCGAAGAACUGUAGCUGGAAGGGCCCGGGUGGUGAUUAGAGACGUCCUAUGUAUGCCAUUUAGUACACCUCAGCAAGAGGAUAAUUCUUGGAAAGCACCAAGAGGUCAGGACAAGGGGAAAUUGGCUUCUGUCGGGCUGACAGGCAAACUUAAUCUGGACUCUACAUGGAAUUCUCCGGAGGUGCAACAUGAAAUUCGAUCAAUCUUCCAAACAACGUUCUGCGCAGAUGGAGAAGAGUUUGUUUUUUCAUUUUUACAGUGUUUGCCAGGUGGAAGGAAACUGAUCAAACCCAACACCUCUGUCAGUUUUUCUUGGAAUGGUGCCGAAGUGAUUAGUCUUGCAGGACAAGGAGCUCUGGACAUUCUUAGUCACCACAACCUGCCAGAAAGUGAGGAACAUGAAUCACCAAGUAAGGAGACUCUGUCUUUCCUCAGUUCUACCAAUUCAUUGACCCAUCAAAUAAAUCUUGAAAAUGAUGUUCAGCAGCUAAAACGGAAUGUACUGCAUCAUAGAACUCCAGUAGUCAGUGCUGAAAGUUUAUUUAAUAGCAUAGUCACGGAGCAUGAUGAUGUAAACAUUUUUGAAGAUGUUCCCCCACGGUCAACUGGCUCAGAGGUGACUACUAGAACAUUAGCUCACAGUGUAGACAGAUUGACCAUGGUGGAUCCCACGAUUUGA